AUGGGAUUCUGGAACGACGGGAUCCGCUCCCGCAGCCGGAGCCGAUCACCAUCACGACGCUCACACGCAGGAGGCUACUAUGCCUCCCGACCCUCCUACUCACGAAGCGCGUCGUCCUUCUUUUCCCUCGGCGGCGGCAGCCGCUCGUCGCGCAACGGUGGGCACUCAUCACGCGCCCGCCCGCGGUCUGGCUUCAUCAACCGCAUCCGCCAUUUCCUGCGCCAGAUAUACGAGUACAUGCGCCGGCACCCCGUCAAGGUGUUUUUCCUGGUCAUCAUGCCGCUGAUCACGGGCGGCGCUCUCACGAAGAUCCUCGCCCAGUUUGGCGUUCGUUUGCCCAGGGGUCUGGAAAAUCUGGCUGGUGGACAGAGAAACCAGGCGGAGCGGUUCUAUGCCAGAGGUGGCGCAAGGGAUUUCCCCGGCGGAUCUGCCCUACCAGGCAUGGGUGGUGGCAUGGGUGAGAGCAUCGGUUCGUUGAUGAGCAUUGCGAAAAUGUUCAUGUAA